UCACUCCCUGUUCCCAUAUUUGUUCCUCUCUUCCCAACCUUCCCCAGAGCCACAGUGCGCCUCUAUUCAGGGCUCAAAACACAACUUGAAUUACGCCUGUGCCCAAAGAGUCGUUGCGGUGGCAGGACUUCACGACACAAACGUCGACUUCUGAGGGUCAUCUGGACUCGCUUGAGGAGAUUUUCCCUUCCAUUUUCCCCCCUUUUAAAUUCCAUCCAAAUAUGGAGAUGGAGAAACUGUCAAACGGUCAUGGAGCUGCCAUGCCAAUGGAUGAAGAAGUCCCGCAAGAGGAUCAGCUGUUUCUAGAGCACAAGAGCGGGCCCGCAAAGACGACCCAGUUUACUGACUUUGAGGGUAAAACCUCAUUGGGAAUGUCUGUCUUUAACCUGAGUAACGCCAUCAUGGGCAGCGGAAUUCUGGGUCUUUCGUACGCCAUGUCCAACACAGGCAUCAUCCUUUUCCUGGUGCUGUUGAUAUGUAUUGCAUGUCUAUCCUCCUACUCCAUCCAUCUGCUGCUACGCAGUGCUGGAGUCGUGGGUAUCCGUGCCUAUGAGCACCUGGGCAUGAGAGCAUUUGGACAGCCAGGAAAGAUCAUAGCAGCUGUCAUCAUAACACUACAUAACAUUGGAGCGAUGUCCAGUUACCUGUUCAUUGUGAAGUCGGAGCUACCGCUGGUCAUCCAGGCUUUUCUCGGGCAAACAUCUGGUUCAGAUGACUGGUACAUGAAUGGAAAUUACCUCAUCAUCAUAGUCACUGCCUGCAUCAUCCUUCCUUUGGCCCUCAUGAAGCACCUUGGGUAUUUGGGUUACACAAGUGGCUUUUCUCUCUCCUGCAUGGUGUUCUUCCUUUCUGCGGUCAUCUACAAAAGAUUUCACAUUUUCUGUCCUUUGGAGUUGUUUGGCAACUACUCUGUUAGCACAGAACCCACCGGGGAUAUGUGCACCACCACAUUCUUCACGAUCAAUCAAGAGACAGCCUAUGCGAUUCCAAUUCUGGCAUUUGCCUUUGUGUGUCACCCUGAAGUUCUUCCCAUCUACACAGAACUAAGAAACCCAACCAAGAGAAGAAUGCAGAGUAUUGGCAAUAUUUCCAUCCUUGGAAUGUUCACUAUGUACUUCCUCACUGCCAUAUUUGGCUAUCUAACCUUUUACCAAAACACAGAGGCAGAGCUGCUCCAUACCUACAGUAAGGUGGACCCUCUGGACACGCUGAUCCUCUGCGUACGAUUGGCUGUCCUGGUCGCUGUCACUCUCACAGUCCCCGUGGUGCUCUUUCCUAUUCGUCGUGCCCUGCAGCAGCUUCUGUUCCCUGGGAAGGCUUUCCACUGGGUGCGCCAUAUUGUCAUUGCCUUGUGCCUGCUGUGCAUUGUCAACCUGCUGGUCAUCCUCGUGCCAAACAUUCGAGACAUCUUUGGCAUUACAGGGGCAACUACGGCUCCAAGUCUGAUUUUCAUCCUUCCUGGCUUGUUUUACAUCCGCAUCAUCCCCAAUGAGCAAGAGCCCAUGAACUCCCGACCCAAGAUCCAAGCCGCAUGUUUCGCAGCACUCGGGUUUAUAUUUAUGACCAUGAGUCUUACAUUCAUUGGAAUCGAUUGGACGAGUGGGGAAAAACGAAGUCUGGGCGGGCAUUAAAGUGCUUCCAAGAUCUAGAGAAACAGCAUCCUCACUUCUCCAGUCAUCAACUUUCUGCUGGAUGGUUUUGACCAUGAGCUCGGGGCGCUCCUUAAUUACAAGAGGACACGUUGUUCCUCCAUGGUGUGUUCAAGUGUGCCCUGUAAGCCACUCAGGACACAUCGCCAGGUAGUGUCGGCCCCGCUUACGUUGCUCAUGGAAGCUACCGUACUCGCAACUGUCCAUCUUCACUAAAUGUCACUAAAUUGUGGAGUAUAACGCUAAGAACGAAAUUACCGUCUGCAUGCAAAAGACUUUGUUUAAUUAUUGCUUUAUAAAAUGGAGCAGAAAAAGGACAUUGAACAAGACCAAACACUCUGGGGCGAGGGGCAUUUAAGGUCAUUUGAUGUGUUUUACUUCGUAAUACUGCAGAGCAGUACUUUGUAAACUGCCAAAGAAAUGUUAUGCUCAGUCCAAAAGACAGUGUGGUAUUGCAUGGCUAUGCUGUGAACCAAUUAAUUUGGUAUAAGGUAACCAAUUACUUUGGUUUUGUAUAUUUGUUGUGAACAUUAAUAAAUAUUGUCAAAAUA